AUGGUAGAUGAAAGAGAAAACAGGUUAGUGCUCGAUGAACUAGAGUAUGAUGUGUUUGCUAUGCGUGACGAACUUUCAAAGUAUCUCUCUACUAUCACCAUAGAGCAGAAAAAAGUUUCUGACACAAUCAUGUCUGCUGUAACAAACAAGAGUGGUGGAAUGUACUUUUUGUAUGGUUAUGGUGGGACAGGAAAGACAUUUAUAUGGAAAACAUUAUCUGCUGUAGUUCGUUCUAGAGGAGAAAUUGUUAUUAAUGUUGCAUCAAGUGGUAUUGCAUCGCUACUACUUCCUGGCGGUAGAACAACUCAUUCUAGAUUUGGACUUCCAAUAAUUGUGCAUGAGGGUUCCACUUGCAGCAUCAGUCAACAAAGUCCACAGGCAGAGUUAUUGAUGAAAGCAAAUCUUAUUAUAUGGGAUGAAGCUCCAAUGAUGCAUAGAUAUUGUUUCGAAGCACUGGACAACACCAUGAGAUCUAUCUUACAGUCGGACGAACCUUUUGGUGGAAAGGUGGUCGUUCUAGGAGGUGAUUUUAGGCAGAUUUUGCCGGUUAUUUUAAAGGCAUCCAGACAAGAUAUUGUUCAUGCUACGAUUAAUUCAUCACCAUUGUGGAAAAAUUGUAAAGUCCUAACGUUACAGAAGAAUAUGAGGCUUCAAUCGUGUGCUUCUACCUCUACUGUUGAGGAAAUAAAGGAAUUUGCAGAUUGGAUACUAAAAAUUGGUAAUGGUGAGGUUGGAGAGGAAAACGAUGGUGAAGCUUCAAUUGAAAUUCCACAUGAUAUGUUAAUUCUUGAUUCGGACGACCCCUUUUCAAAGUUGUUGCAUUUUGUUUAUCCAGAUUUGUUAAGUAAUAUUUCUACUCCAGAUUACUUCCAAGGUAGAGCAAGUCUCGGACCGACUAAUGAAAGUGUGGAUUUUUUUUAA